AGAGCCUGGCCGCGGGCUGGGCGGUGCUGCAGCUCCCGCCGGCCGGCUUCGUCCAGCUUUGUCCUGCGGCCCCUUUUCCAGGCCGUCCUGGCCGCGCCCAGCCCCCUCUCGCCAUGCCGCCCGCGGGGCCCCGCGGGACCGCGCCGCUCGCAGCCGUCGUCCUGCUGGUGCUUGGGGCUCCUCUGGCGCUGGCGAGUGAGGACUGCUUGUGGUAUCUGGACCGGAAUGGCUCCUGGCAUCCGGGAUUUGACUGCGAGUUCUUCACCUUCUGCUGCGGGACCUGCUACCAGCGGUACUGCUGCAGGGACCUGACCUUACUCAUCACCGAGAGACAGCAGAAACACUGCCUGGCCUUCAGUCCCAAGACCAUAGCAGGCAUCGCCUCUGCUGUAAUCCUCUUUGUUGCUGUGGUUGCCACCACCAUCUGCUGCUUCCUCUGUUCCUGUUGUUACCUAUACCGAAGGCGCCAGCAGCUCCAGAGCACGUUUGAAGGCCAGGAGAUUCCUAUGACAGGCAUCCCAAUGCAGCCAGUAUACCAGUACCCCCCGGAUCCCAAAGCUGGCCCUGCACCUCCACAGCCUGGUUUCAUGUACCCACCUAGCGGCCCUGCUCCUCAGUAUCCCCUCUACCCAGCUGGGCCCCCAAUCUACAACCCUGCAGCUCCUCCGCCUUAUAUGCCACCACAGCCCUCUUAUCCAGGAGCCUGAAGAGACAGCUGUGGCUCUGCUGUCCCUUCCGUGAUGUCGUUUUUUGGGUUUUUUUUUUUUUUGGGAGAGUCCCCGUCCUGUACCUGCAUCUAGCCCUGAGGGUGGGCAAGGGUCUCCUAGUCAUCAGGCCAGCCCCCAGUCAAACCAAGCCUUGGGCCCUGCUGAGGACAGAGCCCCAGAGAAGUGGAACGUGAGCUGAGCUGGAACCAGGCCGUGGAUGAGGGGUGGGUAGGGAGGACUUGGGAUUCAUGAGCUAUUUUUACUGGGAGACUGGGAGUAAGAUGAGAGCCUAGGCCACAGUCUCUGUUUUCAAGUCGUCCCUCUGUGCCCAGGACCCCAAUCAGAAAGGUGGGACCCCUCCUAUAUGCCCAGUUUGGGCUGAGGUGGAGACAAGUGAGGGGGCUCUAUCAACAGCUGGCCACAGCCCUUCCCUCUGGCUGCCCAAUUGGCUGGAGCUCAGGCCUCCUGGAUUAAAGCUGUAAUGCUGUAACUCAUCAGUGGAAUCACUGGCCCCUUCUCUUAACCCUGCCUCCUGUUGAACCCGGACUGCUGCCUGCUCCACAUUCCACAGCAGGGGAGGGCAGCACCGGUGGGAGGAGAGUGCCACCAUCAGCCCCAUCCUGGGCAGAACCCCUGAGCAUCUCUGGACUGUUUUCCAACGCUGUUGAGCAGAUUUGUGGCAGCUAGAGAGAGGGUGCUCACGUGCUUUUCAGGACCAGGCCUCUGAGACGUCCAAGGCAUUACCAGCUAUAUAAAGACACCUCUCCAUCCAAGAACACUUACCUUCCAAUCUGGGUCUCUUCACUGUCUGACCUUGAGCUUGCCUCUGAGUGUCUUCAUGUAUAGAAUGGGGAUAAUAGCUGUCAAGAGGAUGAUAUAUAAUGGAAUCGAAACUAUGAGUCCGUCCUUCCUUCCUGAUCAGAAGAGGCCCAGGACCUGGAGCCAACAUACAGAGGUGUGGUGUAAGGUACUUGCCGGCUUGAUCCUCACAGGAUGCUAAGGUGUCAGAUUCUACAGGGCAGUGUCCCGGUCCACGGAAGCUAGGUAUAAAGACUGUGAAGGCUACCUAGAAGAGGUGACCUGGGAGUAACACAGAGCUGUCUGCCCAUC